AAUUAAUAUGCAAAAUUCUUCUCUUAACAAACCUUUAAGUGAUAAACUACAUCCCUGGAAAGAAACUUCUUCCACCGAAUCUCCUCCUUUACAGUCUACUUCACAAGCUAUUAGUACAGAACCUAACACUGAAACCCCUAUUCAUCUUGUGCUAU